AUGGAUGUGGCGGUGACUCCCCGAUAUGAUUUGGACCUCGCGGGGCUGUGGCAGCUGGUGUUAGUUUAUGUGACGAUCUGUGCAAUUGCUCAAGUGGUCGCGAUCCCAGUGUCAUGGAUGUUAUUCCCAAGAGUGCGAGACCUAAACCAAGCACGUGGCGAACCCGGGGGAGACCUGUGGGCUGCAGAUGCGAUUUGCUUGCUCCUCUUCAGUGUCGCACUGUUACCAAGCGCCUUUGGAUCCAUACACGUUCUCUCCCAAAGCGUUGACGCACGCUGGAACGGCAGUUGCCUUUCGUCCAUUCAUGGCUGUGUGUUGCUUUGCACCAGGCUAUUGGUUCACAUCCCAUUCCUGUUCUGGAAGGGCAUGAAUGCAUCUCGCAAGCGCAUCCUUGUGCAUCACGUCAUGGUGAUCCUGGUGUACGGAACAGGCCUGGUUAAAGGCAGCAUGCACUUCUGGGGGGCCAUUGCAGGACUCUGCGAGUCCUCCAACAUUUUCUUGGCCAAUGUGGAGCUGGUAAAGUGCUGUUCAGAUGUUCACCGUCUGAAGCAGAGCUUUCUUUACAAGUUGAACUCCGCUUGCCUCACGUUGGCAUACAUUUGUUGUCGACUAGUGCUCUUCCCAGCGGUGCUUGCAGCUUUGCUUACGGAUGCGUAUACCCAUCCGGAGCUGACUGUGCGAAGCAGCGUGCUUGAAUGGGUACUGAUGCCGAUGGCUAUCUGCUGUGUCUGGGGCAUGUCAGCCUUUGAGUUCCGGAACAUCUUCGAAGGGAUGUCCAAGGCCAUGGACUUGAAGGUAAAGAGUGCCUCCAGCUUGCUGCAGUUGGAGAUUUGGUUGGCAGUCUUGGGCUUGCUGGUGGGCCACUGUCUCUUCUGA